UUAAGAGUUGGAGACUAUUUUAUGAUUAUUUUCUGUUAGAAAAUUAAGUUUAUCUUGUUAUUUAUAAUAUAUAUUUGUAAGAUAUAACAGAAAAAACAUGUUGAUUUAUUCAAGGUAGAAAUAACCAUAGCUUAUAUUGUUUUCCAACGUAAGAAGCAAAAUUCAUGAGUUUUCGCGAUCUUCAAUAAUUUGACAAGGAUAAGUAUGAUUUAAAACAACAAUGAGAUGUACUGGUUUGCUGUUUGAUUAAAUUUAUAAGUCUGGUAUUGAGAUAAGCAACUAGAAGAAUGUUGGAAGAGAGAAAAAAGAGGUUCAGCUCGGUGGAGGGUGGACCAUGGGGAUGUGUUGUUGUUCUAGCUGCAUUCUGUAUUCAGUUUUUAACAUUUGGCACCACUCAGUCAAUUGGUGUAUACAACAUAGAGUUUCUACGGUACUUUGAGACCACAGCAGCUAAAGUAUCGUUGGUGGGAUCAAUUAACCUUGGCGUUGUAUUAGGAACAGGACCAUUGGCAAGUGUUUUGAUGACCAGAUGGAGUCAUAGACAAGUAGCAUUGCUAGGGGCUGUGCUAUGUAACAUUGGACUUAUUACAAUGCCAUUUGCCCCAAACCUAGAAUAUAUGUAUGCCUUCUACGGAGUGUUGUCAGGUCUUGGCUACUGUCUAGUGUAUGUUCCAUCUCAUGUACUAAGUGGAUUGUAUUUCCUGAAACAUAGAAGUCUAGCUACUGGGAUUGCCACUGCAGGUUCAGGGAUGGGAGCAGCUGUGUUUCCUGUAGUCAUGUUUAAAAUUAUAGAUUAUUAUGGUUGGAGGGGAUCACUUUAUAUAGUAUCAGGAUUAAAUCUUCACUUAUUAAUAUUUGCUGCCUUGUUGAGGCCAGUGCCAAAAAAGUUUCUAAAAACUAUUGCUGCGGCAGAAGAACUUCAAACAUUAAAUGUUAGUAAAAAACGAAGGAAGUCGGAGGUAAAUGGUUGCGAGACUGAAAAUAUUACACCUGUUAAUGGCCAGAUUUCAAAUUGUGACUGUAAUGAAAUAGAUACAGAGCUGGAUGUAAACUCCACGAUGCUUUCAGCAGAUGAAAAAUUAGGAACAUAUGCAAGAUUACGUAAACAUUUUUUAGCAGUUUUUACAAUUGAUUUUAUAAUAUACUGGUUUAGUAAUAUAUGUUGGAAUGCAGGAGGUGCCAUAGUUUUGAUAUUUUUCCCAGAGUAUGCGUAUUCUGCGGGACUUAGUAAGGAAAAUGCAUCAAUUACAUACACAAUGGCCGGUGCAGGCUCAUGUAUAGGAUGUGUAUUGGGAGGAAUGUUAGGAAAUAUAAAAUAUUUUAAUAGAAUUGGUUUAUAUAUUGGAGGAAAUUUUGGAGCAGGCAUUGUGACCUUGCUGUUGACCUUAAAGGUGCUGCAUACAUUUGCAGGAUUGUUUAUGAUUUCACUAGUGUUUGGACUGAUGUUUGGUAUCAUACUUGGACUUCUAGUGGUUGUUACCUCUGAUUUACUUGGAACAGAAGCCCUCGGAGACGGGUUUGGAUAUCUCAUGUUUGCAAAUGGAAUUGGUGUGUUCAGUGGUCCACCUUUGGCUGGUUUACUCAUUGAUAUGUAUGGAGACGAGGAUCUUGCCAUGUACCUGUCUGGUAUAUUAACCUGUUGUGGUGGACUUACAAUGUGUGGUGUCUAUGUUAGGAAAAAAUUAUGUGGAAGUAGAGUUAGAAAGGAAAUAACAAUCAAUGUGGAACUGUAAAUUGUA